CUUGCAACGAAGCACACACCCCGUGCACAGCGCGAUGUCGCUCCAGCCGCACCAGCUUCAUGGAGAUGGAUACGACUACCAUUAUGGAGACACAGCGCAAAUGGCAUCUUCCAUGUAUGGUGGCGGUGAAGAAUGGACGGAAAUGGUACAUGUGCCGGCGCCAGCCACAACCACCGGAGAGGACGUGACUGUCGGUGCCAUAGCAUUUGAUCUAUGCCACGAGAUGCUGUGGGUCGGUUAUUCCAAUGGUCGACUCACUUCGCAUUUGCUCCCCACCUUGGACAAGUACACGAGCGUGGUGUCCAAUCCAGGACCUAUCAAGCAGCUCGUCCCGACCUACGAGUACAUGAACGUCCUGUCGUCAUCGUAGUCUUUCAUGGGCACCUUAGAGGCGUGGUGGCCAUCUCGGACCACGCGGCCAUGUUCCGAUCGCGGGGAUGCGUCCAGACCCACGCCAUCGUCGUCGACGCCCCUCGCCACAUCACGUGCGGUCGGUUGAACGUCCAUGACCCGUCCAAACCGUCAGAUGUGUUGCUCCUUGGGACGGGCACGGGUCUAUUGGCGGCGUACGAUCUGCACGGAUACCGUCCGUUGCGCCCGAUGUGGAAGUUGGACCUGCGCACGGCGACGGCGGCGUUGGCGUCCAGCGACGACUCGCCGCUCGUGUGCGCCGGCAGUUCGCAGGGCCGACUCGACAUGUUUGACGGCGGGUACCGAUCGCAUCGCGUCGCCGCCUCCAUCCCGCAGGCGCAUUCUGGAACCAUCGUCGCCAUGGACAUGAUGGACAACUACGUGCUGACCUGCGGCGUGUCGUGUCGAAGCAUCAACCCGUACGACAAGCACGCCCCUGUCAAGAUUUACCCUGACCCGUUGGUCAAGUUGUUUGACUUGCGAACGAUGUCGCUGGUGAGUUCGAUUCCAUUUCCGUCGUCCAGCGGCCUCCCGCCGUCCUUUGUCAAGUUCCACGCGACCCAACAUGCGUAUUACGCGGCCGACGCCGACGGCGACCUCCUCGUCUUUGGCAUGGCGGACCCCCCCCCGCUCCAGUACUCGGUGGCGGGGCACCUCCGGCCCUCCGUCACAGCCCUCGACGUCUCGUCGUCCGGGGAGCUCUUUGCCUCGGGGACCGGCGACGGAUCGGUCGUCGUGUACGAAUCCGGCCUGACGGCGGCCCCGCCCCGCGCGCUCGUCGACGAACCAGACGCCCCCCUCGACUUUCCAGGCCCGGCUGCCCGUCCCCCGCUGACGCUGUCGCCCCUCGAGACGGCGCCGGCAUCUCGUUAUGUAUUUCGCCCUUCACUGAAUGAAUUCGGGCACGAAAUCACUCCGUUGUCGGCGUGGCUGCCGGCACUGGACACUGCGUACAAGCUCAAUGUGACGCUGGUCGUUGCACCCAAGCCCACCAAGGUGCUGCACCCUGAGUUUGAGAAACAGGUGCAGCAAAAAGGCACGAUUGGAUUCACAUCGCAUCGAGGUGUCCAGCGCAACUCGUUUGUGUAUGGAAGCGGCCGCGCGGCGGCGCUGGCGACGGUGGACCCCCGCAGUGCCGAGAGCCCCAUGAGACGGCGCGACUCGUCAAUCGGGUCGGCCAAGUCGUUUGACGAGGCCGAUCCGUCCUGGCACGUGCCCCCGAGCUACAAGUACACGGAGAUGCACCUGAGCAAGCACAGCAUGGACGGGUAUGUGUUUGAUUUUUCCAAGCACAACCGCAGCCUGACCCAUGUCGGACUUGAAAACUCGCUCCCGUUCGCGUACAUGAACGCGGUGCUGCAGCUGCUGUUUGCCACGCCCGCCGUCACGUCGACGCUGCGCACGCACUUGUGUGACGUGGUUAACUGCGUGUGCUGCGAGCUCGCGUUCCUCUGUCACAUGAUGGAUCAGACGACCAAAUAUGCGCUGCAAAAGCACAAGAGCGUGCAAACAACCAACUUUUUAUCAGCAUUGCAUCAAAUACCGGACGUGGCGGCAGCUGGCUUGUUUGACAAGACGCUGUCCAUUCUCGUACGUGUCGAGCGCUUGUUUGCGUGGCUCUGCAGUACGCUGGCGGUCGUGUCAGUUGACAUGCACACGAUCGCACUGCCGCCGUGGACUCAGGACCAGUCGUUUGAAGCGAUUGUGGCCAACUCUUGCGACCAAGAGCAAGUUGCUCACGAACUCGUGGCCAUCACGUGCGACCCAGCGUCGUGGCUCGUCGAUGACGACGUCAAGCAGCGCUGGGCCACGCCUGGAUGGGGGGUUCCGUCCUCCCUGACACUGCCCCAUGGCGAGAUGUACACUCUGAUCGGCGUCAUCUCGGCCGUGGUGCGCGACGUGCGAAAGCCCACGGUGCUCUCGGGGCCAAACUGCCACCUCGUCACACAUGUCCAGAGCCCGGACGCCGGACGGUGGAUGCUGCUCAAUGACUUUGCCGUCUCCACCUCAACCGUCGACGAUGCCGUGAAUUUUUCUCCGCCGUGGAAGUACCCGAGCGUGCUGCUCUUCCGCCGCGCCAGCAGCAGCAGCCUCAACGCUGUCGCAGAUACCAAAGUGGUGCCGAUCCCGUCGAGCGUGUUUGACGCGGCGCCGCUGAAUCCGUCGGUCGCGAGUGUGAUCAAGGCUGUGAAGUUGCCCAAGCGGGGGGAUCGGGUGGCCAUCGACACGGAGUUUGUGAUUGUCGAGAUGGAGGAGGCGACGCUGCAAACGGAUGGCACACGCGUCGUGAUCAAGGAAAGCCGCCAGUCCCUUGCUCGGGUGUCGGUUAUCCAUGGCGAAACCGACGCUGUGAUCGUGGACGACUACAUCUUGCCCAACGAGCCUGUGGUGGACUACUUGACGCGGUUCAGCGGACUCACGGCGGAGGAUUUGGACCCGACGCGCAGCCGCCAUGCGGUCGUGUCGCUCAAGACAGCGUACAUGAAGCUGCGGUACCUCGUAGACGCUGGUUGUCUGUUUGUCGGCCAUGGCCUUCACAAGGACUUUCGCAUCGUCAACCUAUUUGUACCCCCCGACCAGAUCAUCGACACAGUUGAGCUGUACCAGCAGCCCAACAUGCGCAAGAUCGCGCUCCGGUUCCUCUGCGCGUACCUGCUCAAGACCGAGAUCCAGCUGGACACGCACGACUCGAUCGAAGACGCCCGCGCCGCCCUCCGUCUGCACAACAAGUACAUCGAGCUGGUCGCAGCCAACGACUUUGAUAAGACGCUCGCGGAGAUUUACUCGGCUGGGCGACACUGCCGAUGGAAGAUUGCAGAUUUGGAAUAGGACGACGGAAGCUAUACAUAGAGCAACGGGAUUAAUAUAUUAUCAAUCGUGGCAAA